AUGCCGUCAGUUCGGACCGCCGGUAUUUUACCGGCGGUUUACCGACGCUUGCUGGCGGUUGUUCGGCGACACGUCGGCGGCUACAACCGCCAGCAAUUCCGUCGGCACGGACCGUUGGGUAGCCGCCGGUAUGGUUGUCGGUGGUUGGAUGGCCGGAAAGCUACCGGUAAUAACUCCGGUGAUAACCGGCAGCAAGCAUCGCCGGAAAGCCGUCGGAGAAAUAAACCGCCGGAAAAAAACUGCCGAUAUGAGAAGUAUCACGUCGAAUUUGGAGGUGAUGAGAAAACAAGGAAAACUAACUACACUGAUAUGGUAAACAAGUACUAUGAUCUUGCAACCAGCUUUUAUGAAUUUGGCUGGGGUGAAUCUUUCCACUUUGCUGACAGAUGGAAAGGUGAAUCAUUAAAGGAAAGUAUCAAACGCCAAGAGCACUUUCUUGCCCUUCAGCUAGGCCUCAAAAGAGGAAUGCGGGUAUUAGAUGUUGGAUGUGGAAUUGGUGGCCCUUUGAGGGAAAUAUCUCGGUUCAGCUUUGUGUCUAUCACUGGACUGAACAACAAUGAAUACCAGAUAGCCAGGGCCACUGAGCUAAACCGCUUAGCUGGACUGGGCAAUUCUUGCGAUUUCGUCAAGGCUGACUUUAUGAAAAUGCCUUUCCGUGACAAUACUUACGAUGCUAUAUAUGCUAUAGCAGCAACCUGCCAUGCUCCUGAUGUUUUUGGAUGCUAUAAGGAGAUAUACAGGGUACUGAAGCCAGGGCAGUGCUUUGCUGCUUAUGAAUGGUGCAUGACCGAUCAAUAUGAUCCCACUAAUGAGAACCAUAAGAAGAUAAAGGCUGAGAUUGAGAUUGGUAAUGGGCUUCCUGACAUAAGAUCAACACAUCAAUGCCUUGAUGCCUUACAAAAAGCUGGAUUUGAGGUCAUUUGGGAGAAGGAUUUUGCUACUGAUUCGCCUUUGCCAUGGUAUUUGCCUAUGGAUACGAGCCAUUUCUCCAUGAGUAGCUUGCCCUCGACAGCUAUUGGACGUUUUAUGACAAGAGUAAUGGUUCGGGUGCUGGAAUUUGUGCGCCUUGCUCCUGCAGGAAGUAUGAGAGUUUCGUCAUUGUUAGAGAAAGCUGCGGAUGGUCUCGCAACUGGUGGAAGGAAGGAGAUCUUCACCGCGAUUUACUUCUUCUUGGCUCGAAAGCCUCUUACAGAAUCAUGAGGAAACCCUAAUUAAACUAGUUUACAACAGAAGCUUUUGAUGUUUUUGUAAGCCAAUGACAAUAAUGAGAAACCG